AGCAUAGGAUCGAGAAAUUCCACUGGAUGGCCUCCUGUUAAUGGUUAUCCUGAAGUCUAAAGCUCACAGACAGAUUCUGAAAACUAGUUUAUUCUGAUUAUAGAUCUGAAUUCAACAUGUCAGAUGAUAUCACUAAAGCAUGGGCUGGAAUUGGAAGCAUCAAAGCAUCUGCAAGUGGUCUUGAAAGAAAGAUAACGUCCUACAGAAAUUCUCAAAAAAGUCAGGAUCACCCUCCUACCAGAUCAGUUUUUGAAAACAUGGACCUUACAAACAACAGCAGAAACAUGGCAGCAGACACAAUUCCCAGAACAAUAGUUGGAAACCUGAAUCAGAGAACCACUUCUUCACCACUUAAAAGUGGUCGUACUGAUGUGGUUUUCAGUGACAUUGAGAGUGUCUCCACUAUUCCAUCACGUCCUCUUAGAGAUCCUAAAGCUAUUGAAGAGGGAAUGAUGAAGUUGAAGGAGAAGAUUUUAAGGCAGAAGCAGCUUAGUGGACAAGCUGCCAAGAGAAAAGACACUCAAAAAGGAGAAGAACAGCAAGUGAGGUUUCUUGACCCAGAGGAAUAUUCUGUAAGUACAUCACAAUACACACGGGCACCUCAAGUUGCUCCGAAAAGUAUUGUCCGCAAGAGAAAGAAAGCCACUGCUCCAGCUCUUGAGAACAAUUUUGGUUGUAAUGAGCCCCAGAAACCUGUUAAAAAGACCUUUCAACCUGUUCAACCUAGAGCCAAAACGCCUGAACCCAAGCCAGUGAUCAAGCAGCCUGUUCUUCAGCGUAAGAUCAAGACUGGUGAUGGUGGGAAAUCUGCUAUUAUCACCACAUCUUCAUGGCGCCAAGGUGCAGCAUUAACAAGGAAAGUUUUGGGAAACAAGACACAGGAAACUACUAGUACAACCAGCAUCACAAGUGAUACAACUUCUACAAAAUCCAUUUCAGUUGCCAAGAAGGAAAUUCAGCCUGUCAGGAAGGCCAAAAAGCCCAAAACUCCACCGAAUGUUCCAAGAAAGCCUAGAAAGAUAGAAAAACCACCUGUUGAGGAGCCUCCAAAAGUUAAAGCUCGCCACUACAACCCAUCUGAUGUUCAGAAUUAUAUUGAAAACACGAGAAAGCAGAGGAAAAAAGAAAUGAUAACUGAGAAAAGAAAGCAUGCUGAGGCGGAGAAAGAAAAAGAAAAGCGUCUAAAAGAGCUAUUUAACUUUCAAAAGAAAGCACUGAAACGAAGCACUGUGAACCCCUCACCAACUUCACCAUCUCCACAACCAGGCAAGAGGAUAUCAGUUACAGAUUCUGAUUCUAAAACCAGAGCUACCUCUAGUGAAUCAUCAGAUAAGGAGAACACUAUCAGUGAAAAGUCUCUUCCUUACAUACCUCUUAUACCUCCAUCUGCUACUAUGAGUGACUCAAACAAGCGAAGCUCUCCGCCUGAGAAAGAUGAUGAAAUCAAUAUGUCGGAUAGUGAUGGUGACGAGGCUGUAAAUACUGACGAAGAAAAAGAAAACUCUAUAAAAGAAGUCAAUCUCCUGGAUACUUACAUGGAUCCAGGUAAGCAGGAAUCGUUCACUUCAACAUCGGCUCUGUACAACGAGCAGAGACAGAGGAUGGACGCUAUCAGACAAACUGCAUUAGCUCUCAGACAAAAGAUCUACGAAGAGACGAACAGACUUACGGCGGAAGCUUCUCGAGCGACCAAUUUCACCUCCGGGCUCCCUCGCUACAACUCACAACAAUCCCUACCAGGAGCUAAAAAUAUCCGAGAAGCGUGGGUAGAAAGCCAAGAGUCUGGUAACGACUCUACUGCUCAAGAUAAGACUGAUAAUAGUGUUUCUGAAGAAGUUUCUAGAGCGUCCUCUAUUGACUACAGAGAUUACCAGAUACCGUCUCCUCCCAAACAUGAAGUGACACCAGAACCCUAUCAGUAUCCACUCACAGCUGAUCCGUACAGCAUUAUCAACGUCUACGCUAGAAAACGACAAUUAGAAGAGAAGAGAAUUGAGGAAGAAAAGAAAGAGAGAGAAAAAUCAGAAGAUAAGGAGAGAUUGGAGAGAGAAGCGGCUCUGCUGGUGAUGAAGAAGGAGCGGGAGGAGGAGCAGGAAAAACUACGCGAAUUGGAGCGUCAACUCUUAGAGGACAAGGUAGCAAUAUCAGCACUGGAAGAGGAGCGCAGGACUCACAGCAGAUUACACGUGACGGAUAUAGAACACGUGACUGAUAUGGAAGGGUCUGAUAUUUCUGGUAGCAGUGGAGCGGGAGCUGAUACUCGUAAUACUGAGUCGCUGCUGAGGACCAGCUGCUCAGACAGCAGCAGCAGUACAGCACGUGACAGGUCACGUGACUCAUACCACUUCACACCUGACAGAACGGAGGAUGCGAACCUGGUGUCCCCCGCCAGCGCGAGGAAAACCUUAUCUUUCUCUGAGGAGGAUACUCCUGGCAAGCAAGAUGAGAGUGGAGUGUACUCGCCUGGUGCGUUGCACCGCAAACUGCGCGGCGAGCUGGCGCGCUACGAUACAUUCAGCGCUGGGCUAGAACAUGCCACCACAUUGGAGCAUACUCAACAAUACACUGAGUCUCAACACGACACUAUUGCUAUGGCUAGGGCCAUGCAGCGUGAGAAAACUGAGCAUGCCUCUGAGAUGACAGAGUUGCAAGAAAAGCUGAAGAAGGACAUGUUGGCGUUCCAGGAGAAAUUGCAGCAUGUCCAACAGCAGACCAUGUUGACUAAAGCUGAAAACCUGGCUAAGGAGGCUGAGAUCAAAGCUAAAUCAGCAGAAGCUGCUCUACAAGCCACACAUAAGAUAGCGUCUAGCCAGGAUGCUACGAACAAGGAACUAAUCAACAUGGCUCAGCACAUUCUCAAGUCUCACACCAAGAAAUCAGUGGCUACUAUUUCAGAGUCCACCCCGACAGAGUCCACCCCGACAACAGCCUCGUUCUCAAGAGACGCUGGUAGUGAGUCUCCGUACACCCCAUCACAGGUUACACCCAAACUAUCGCAAUCAGCUGUGGAUGAUAUUAACGAUAUAACUGUCACAGGAUCGGAAGCCCUGUCGCCAACAGACACGACCCUAAACGUGACCUUUGAAGUGGACAGCGAACUCAGGACUCCUAGCCCGACCAAGAGUCGACCUUUGGACAGUGAUAUACCAGAGGAGAUCUCCGAGCAGAUCCCAACCUCUUCGCAACAAGACAUCCCCACAGAAGUAUCAGUUUCAUCAGCAUCAGAGGACCCUGAAACUCCGAUGACAGAGACCGGAAUGACAGAGGAGCCGGUUACACCGGUCUCCAGGCGGGGCCUGAUGAUGGCUGAUACUCCCGGCAGAGACGCCGAUGUGGAGACCGAGUUCGAGAGUUCUCCAGAGAAAGCUCAUGAGUCAUUCAGAGCUGUACUGCCGUCUGAAUCCCACCGAAGAAGGAUGAGUGCCUCUGAUGCGGAAUCGGUCGUCUCUGUUAACCUCUCAACAAGAAAGGAUAAAUUCGCAACAUUCACACUCGAGCAAGUGGACCAUUACAUGAAAAAUGACAAGCUGAGGUCUAAACAUCAGAAAGCUCUGCUGGACCUACGACAACAAGCCGUAAAGGAGAAAACAAACGCAAAACUUCAAUGGAUUGAUAUCAAGAAAAGACGGAUCCAGAAGAAAGGAUACGACGAUAAGAUGCCACCCCUACUCAAACAAGAGAAACAUAUCCUAGCUACAUUGGCAUCAGAACAGGAGGAGAUAAGGAGACUUGCAGCAGUACAAAGAGCAGCUCAGGCAGAACGAAAGAAAAUGUUGCUGCAACAACGUGAAAUAUCACACAUCCAGGAGCGAACAGCAGCUUUCAGAAGGAAGAUUAAAUACGCUGAGGAGCAUCCCACUGAUUUUGAGGAUGGUGUGUCCGAUACGGACGCUUCUGAGUACACUAGGAUCUUCUCAGAAUAUGAUACAGACGUCAGCAGUGUUUAUGAGGCAGAUGAUAUGAAGAUAAAAUCCCUAACAGACUUUAACCAGAAGAUACAGAAGGAGGGGGAGGAAGUCAGGAGACUCCUUGAUUUGGCACUGUCAGAGAAACGGGAAACUGAGAAGAUCGAGCAAGAGUUUGGGCUAUCCUCAACCUCUCGACUCCCCCACGGUAUAACCCCUCUCAACGAUACCAGUUCCACCCUCAAAGAUGAUCUUAAUAACACUCUCAAAUACUCGGAGGUAGAGUCCAGUACCCCUUAUAGAGGACAUGUCGGGCCUGUACCUGACUCCCCUGCUCUCUCUGUUAUUGAUCAUGAACACAGUUCCCUCGAGGAGUUGGAGGGUCGAAUACAGAACCUAAAGAGUGAGUUAAAGAGGAAGAAAGAUGAAGCAAGGACGCUUCUAAAGAAUCAGCAGCAGAAGAAAAAGCAAGCCCUUCGACAGCAGGAAUUAAAACUCCGAAAACAAAUUCAGACUGUUACAGACGUUAUAGAGAAACAAAAGUCACAGAUCUCCACAAAGCUCCGGCAACACUCUCCCUCCCGUUCAGAUCGAGGUGACUCCCCCGUCAAGCGCUCCCUGGUUAAAAGCCACAGUUCCCGGUCUGACCUCUCAAUCUCUCCGGAUAGUUCUAGAAUAAUCUCCAUCACCUCGUCUCUCUCUGAUAAGGAUGUGACGGUUUCAGAGAAGAAGGAGGAUGAGUAUGUGUCAGAGUCUAUAGGGAAAUCUACUCAGUCUAUCAGUGAGUCGGUGGAGCGGGAGAAAAAGACCGCGGCUACCACUCGCUCAGUUUCAUCAGCCGUUUCGAGCAGGAAGCAAGAUGACACUUCCAACUCCAUUUCAGAGGAUCUGAGCAAGUUUUCUGAAGCUUCCUACCAUAAACUGUUACCUAGUACCACUGAGUUAGACCCGGCAAUACACCUUUCAUUCCCUGAAUUUGACAAAUCACACGAGUCCAUCAAAGCAUCCGAGAACAUCAAAUCUAUUGGGGAGCUAGAAGACAAAGACGACAGUAUAUCUGAUAGACCCUCUAUAUUCUCUCUACAAGAAGUAGGUGAUAUUGUUGACGAUGACAAGGCUCCAUAUAAUGAGUCCCCUCAGCCUUCAUUCCAUCUCGAGGUAAAAGAGGUGCUGGAAGAUCUAUCUAUCUCGUCUGGAAGCAGCAUCAAUGACAACACAGAUGUCAGUAUCAGCUCCUACAAGAAUCUUUCCCACAGCAGGCUCAGUCAACCAAAAGAUGAUAGCAUAUCAGAGGAGAUUUAUGAGGCUUUAAUUUCAGAGAAAUCAAGCUAUCACUCCAAAUCCCUGUCAAAGAAUCAGAGCCGAUCUACCAAAGCGGACCACUCAUCAUCCAAAUCAGACUCCAGUUCUCACCAUAAAACCAUAUCAGAGAAGUUAGCAGAGCUGAACCUAGACGGUGGAUCUCCAACUCUCAACAAGUUGACCUCUAAAUCUUCUGUAAAACACAGUUACACUCUUUCGUUUGACGAGGGUGAAGAUGUAGAUGAUGAUAACGACGACUUCAAGUCCUUGCUCUCAGAUAUUGAUGAGUCUCUGCACAAGUCUGCUGAUAUCAUGUCCGCGGCCAAGUCCUCGUCGCCUGGUUUGGUCAACGUGGAGUUGGAUGUAGCGGCUCUUACUCCUGUAUAUGCUGCUCCAGACUCCGUCUCUGCUUCCUCUAAAACUAAGGGAUCAAAACAACAGACCCUAAGAGGAGAGCUGAUGAAAACCUGCUCUAUAUCUACUGAAAUUGAAACUGAUCUGGAGAAGUCACCUCGUGUCGAUAAAUCACGUGACAAAAGUGAAUCUUCAGAGAAAUCACGUGGAAUGUUCUCGAAUUUGAGCGAUAUUUCUUCUCCUACUCCAGGAUCAAGCACAGACACCAGAUCAACAACAAAACGACUCGACUCACCUGACCAAGUCCAUUCCUCCUCCAAGUUCCCACUACAACCCACUCCCCCGCUCCCUCUCGCUCCCUCUCCAGCCAGCAAGUCGUCCCUCCUCCCUUCUCCCCCUAAAUCCCAACAAAGUGCUGGCAACCGGAUUUUAUCGGAGAGAAGUCAGAGCCUCCGACAGAGAUCUUUUAAACCUCCAUCUGUCCCAAUUACUAGCGAGAUCGAAGAAGAGUUCUCAGUGGCAGAUGAGACUGACAUAGAUCUAGACGAUUUCUCUCAAGAUGAAAAGAGUGAGGGUCAGGUUUCACUGAAACACGAACUAGCUCUUUCGAAGCAUGACAUGCCUCAGUCGAGACAAGAGUCCAAAUCGGACGGGAGUGAGGCUUCGUUUUCGGCCAGCAAAACUAUGUCAGAGUUGAAGGAGUUGAUGUCUGAGCCAUCAAAACGUUUCAGGAGUUCAUCAGGAUCCACAACUCCUGUACAAGGAGAUCCUCUAUCGCCUAAAAACGUAACAUCUGACGAAGACGAGAGGACUAUAUCAGAAAAAAGUGACCAAGAUGUCAUAACGGAGACACAUAAUACCUCAACACCACGUGAGAUCUCCACAGAACCACGUGAGAUCAGCACAGAACCACGUGACGAAGCGGGACAGCUUCCUGAGGAGCUUGUGCACGAGAUGCUGCGCGCGGCGGUACAGAAGAUGUUGAAGAUUCGACAGAACAAGGUCCAGCGAGAGCUGAGCUCCUCUCCCAAAUACACGGAGCGGUCCCCCACAUCUCCCGAACAGGGGUCUCCAAUUAGAGGAGAACCCGCAAUAUUUAACGACACGCACCGAGACUCAGAUUUGGAGAAUGCUCUUGCGCUUGCUAGAAGUUGCACCACCACAGAGGAGAGAUCUACUGUAACCACUCCCGAUGCUCUCCCUGCACCAAAGAUCACAGUACAAAACACGAGCUCCUCAACCCGAGAGUUGGCAGUAGCAGCAACCCGACACCUGGUCUCCUGUCUCCGGGACAAGAGACCCUGCACUCUGGACACACUCCAGCUCCAGGAGGAGUUCUCAGAGGAUUUCAACCAGGAGGAGAGGAACCAGGGCAGGGUUUAUCGGGAGUUAGUGGUUAAUACCACGCUGGAGUGUUAUCGGCAGAUUGAUCUGGAGUAUAAUCUCUCUGAUAGGGACAGAGAAGAACUGCCGCCAUGGAAAGCAGCUAUAAAACGACAACCUCGCCCCCAUUGGAUGAAGGGGCUGCCCAGCAGAGUUACCUUACAUAACAUUGAGGACUACCUACCUGAUCUGGUGGUUCGAAUACUGGGACUUUCAGAGGACUGCAAACCCAGGAAAUACCACAACAUGGAGAGCAUUCUAGCUCAGGAAAUUCGAGACGAGGAAGCGGAGUGGACGGAUUACGACUCGGACGAGCUGGUCGUUAAAUUCCGAAUCGCUGAUUCCAUAUUCGAGAAUUUAUUAAGGGAAACCAUGGCUGUUUUCUCAGCUAUAGAGAGCAAAUCAUGAGGCAAAUAGAUAUGGCCUAAUGCGAAUGGUUCAAAAUUGUUAGUUUUUCUCAUGACUAUUCUAGACUGAUCACUUGGUUGCUCCUUCUAAUGCAAUCCAAUAAUAGCAACGUGGAAGAGCACAAAGAAUCACUGCUCACACACAUGGAAAGAAACGGAUCUUGCCUCCACUUUAGUAACAGCUUCAUUUCAUAUUAAGUUAACUGUUUAUAUAUUGUACAGAGCUUUCAGACGUUUUAUUUAUUAUUUUUACGUGUUUCAUGGCCAUU